GCGAAAUAGAUUUCAUGGGUGAAAUUUUUAUUUGUGCUAUCAGACUAUUAGCUAGAGCGUCUCUAUAUAGACGUACCCACUUGUAGAACUUGAAUGCCAUUAUAAAUGACGAUAUAAAGGACAAGACAGCCAAUAGAGACAAGAGCUCAGUUGGUAUCGUUGGGAAGAAGGGGUACUCUCUCUAAAUAAAAAAUCAGUUUUAUUUCUCGCACUUUAAUAAUCAAUUUACGCCGGAAUCCAUUGUUGACUUGAACGAUGAGUAUCAACGAGAGGCGCUGGGUAAAUCCGAUACCGGGUUUGCCUAUAACUAGAAGGGUAUCUUCUAAUAGCAAUAGAUCGUCUAUUAUACGUCCACCACGGUCUCAGAAUCUCCGCUCAUUGACCGACACCUCUCAGCAAUUUAUGACGACAGCACCAUUUGAUCAACUGCCAGUAAAAGAAAGCGAUAGCCUGGAUAAUAUAAACCCAGUAAAUUCCUAUAUUCCGCCUUAUUUAGCCUUGUCAUCCACCCACGAUCAAUUAUCCCUUUUACCAUCUCAAUUUGACACAAAGAACUGCAGAACUAUAAAGCUAGAUUUAUCAGACAACAACUUGGUAGUCACCUACGCUGGCCCUUCAGAUGGUAACGAGAAAGACGCCGCAACCGUUCGAGUUAAUGAACCUAUUCCAAGGUGUUCCGGCAUUUAUUACCUCGAGUUUGAGAUCUUAAAUAGGGGUACAAAAGGCUAUAUUUCGAUUGGAUACGGUAAUAAACAUUUUAAAUUGACCAGAUUGCCCGGUUGGGAACCCUGCUCUUGGGGAUACCAUGGCGACGAUGGCUGUUUCUUUGCUCAGGCUGCAGAUGGUCUCAAGUUUGGUCCAGAAUAUUCAACCACAUCCGGUAAUGUUAUCGGUAUGGGUUUUGACUUCACCCAAAAUAAAUCAUUCUACACACUCAAUGGCUCUUUCAUCGCAUACUCCCCUGAACCUCUUCCAUCUUUACAACUAUGCCCCGAAAUCUACCCUUGCAUCGGUUUACGAUCAGAUAAUGAAUCCGUUAAAGUCAAUUUCGGUCUCUCCGAACAAAAUCCCUUCAAGUUCGAUAUAGAAGCCUACGUCAAGCGUAGAAAGUGGGAUGUAAUAGCUCAAGAAAUUGAGAACAGACGCGUUGAUUGGAGGGUGGAUAACGAACAGCGUUCCGUAGAAUUUCUUGAAACACCGCUUGAAAUGCGCAAAGUACUUGGUGACAGAUACACAUACAGUGCAACUGGUGACGAUCUUAGUAUGCCAAUGGGUGAACUCGUGAUGGAGUAUCUCGUGCAUUCUUCCUAUGCACAAACAGCGCGUUCGUUCAGCGAGGCACUCUCAAAGGAAAAUAAAACAGAUAAGCAACCAAUUGGAUCAAAGUCUGUGGAUAUGGAGGUGGAUGAUUCACACUCUAGCUGGCUUCAAUCGCUAGAUGAAGCAGCGUCAGCUUGCAAAGGCACGCGUAAUGCGAUCUUGGCUGGUGACAUCGAACUAGCCUUGUCAGAGAUACGAGCAAGAUGGUCGUCCGUACUAAUAGACAACCAACAACUCACUUUUGAACUUUUAUUGAGGAAAUUUGUCGAGCUUGUCAUCAAAGCUCAUUCAAGUGAAGUGAAUGGUUUAUAUGAAGGUGGAGAAGAUACAGCUAAGAACGAAGAAGAUAUGGAAAUGCUACAAUCGCCUGUAUUGCCGCCACAAAUUCCACCCCUGGAACUACCACAUCCAGAUCUCAUGCGAGCACCAUCGCCCGCUCCCCACUUGAAUCCACUCGAUAAAGCCUUAGCAGCUGGACGAGCUCUUCAAGCUAAGUACCCACCACAGGCGUAUCCAGAGUAUCAAGAAAGGAUGCGGGUUGCGUUCGCAUUAGUGGCCCACGAUAAUAUCGAGAACGCCCCAGAAGAAUCGUUAGAGCUGCUUGACAUAAAUGAGCGCCAAAGACUGUGGGAAGCAGUUGAAAUGGCUAUAAACCAAUCAGAAGGGAAGCCAUUACAGAGUGCCCUGGAACUGGUAGUGCGACAAGCAGGCGCGACUGUAUCCCAAGCAGCAUUGAUGGGUGAUGGUAAAGCAGCCUACAUUGACAUAGACGACUACAUAAACUGAUAAGAGAAGAAAAGUAGAACUGUAUUAUAUUACAUUAAUUAGGGUCU